AUGAAUGCUAUAUUUAGCCGAACACACUGCUCUGGGUUGGGCUGAAGAACACAAGUAAACGAGUUUUCGGCACACAGGUGUGUUUACACGGAGAAAACAUCAGAGGCUACUGCAACUGAUCCCGGGGGUGACGGGACGUUUCAGUGUACGAACGUGUCUACACAAAGAUGGCCAAAGGACUUAUGAUGUUGAUACUGGUGUUGGUAUCUAGCUUGACAGUGAUUCAGGCUCAGUUGACGUGCCCGUCUGGAUCCAGUGGCAGCUGUCAGUACACAAACGUUGGUCUCACGCCGACGAACAACCAGCUACCUAACCAGCACUAUUAUAUUGGAGGAUUGUUUGGGGUUCACGACCGAGCAGCCGACGCCUACUCCUGCCAGAAUGCUCCGCUACGGGAACGCGGGCUCCUGAAUAUGGAGGCAUUUCAUUGGGCCAUCAAGGAAUUCGGGACCAAUCAGAAUGUCUCAAUUGGAGGAGUGGCGCUUGAUUCAUGUUCUCGUGUAGAACAAACCAUUGAAAAUAUUCUAAGUUUCGAAACCUGUAAAGUUGGCUUUGGUAAUUUGAAUGCGGUGUCUCCCCGUAAUCUGUUGGCCUACGUUGGACCAGAUAGGAGCAGUGAGGCUAUGGCUGUGGCUACACUACUCAAGGACAUGAACAAGACACAGGUAUCCCAUGCAGCCACUUCCCCAGAACUCAACAAUCAGGACAUGUACCCAUUUUUCUUGCGAGCUGUUCCUUCAGAUGAACAUGAUGCUACUAUUAUUGCCAAGAUGUUGCAGAGUCUGAAUAUCAAGUAUGUGCUUGGUGUGUAUCUGGGCAAUGGUUACGGCCGUGGCGGGUUUGAGGCUUUGAAGUCUAAACUCGUAGGAACCUGCAUGGUUUACCAGACUGAGAUGCCAGUCCACGCCACGGACGAUCAGCUCCAGGCCAUUGCUGAUGAGCUGUUUCUACGCGAGGUCACACGCUAUGUUAUUGUCUACUCGGACGGAGAGAAUGCCAGAAAACUGAUGAAUGCUAUGCAAAUGAGAGAUGCCAACAAGGUACAGAAUUUCAAUUUCAUUGGAACCUCAUCGUGGGCUGAUGAUACCACUGUCACCGAUAAUCUGUAUGUCAACGCCUACACGCUUGCUCUAACCACACCAGCCGGUCAGCUAACAACUGAUUUAGCCAAAUUCUACCAGUACCUAAAUAAUCUAAAACCAAGUGGAAACACCUGGAAUCCCUGGUUCCAGUCCUACUGGAAUGACAAGCUUGAGUGUGGAGUACGCACCUGUAACGAGGCCUCCGAUAGUCUGACAGGGCGCUAUACACCCGAUGUUUAUGUCCCCUUCACCAUACUUGCAGUCAGGUCGAUCAUUGAUGGUGUGAGGAUAGCUGCCUUGAGUGCAUGUGGUAAAUAUGAUCUCUGUUCAAAUUUACUGAACCAGGAAAACAGAGGCCAGAGAAUUUACGGAGGGAUAGGGGGAACGACAUACUUCAAUGGCCAGGAGCUCGCAAACAAUUUCAUCUCUUACAGAAUCCUGAAGUUCCAAGUGGCCAGUGGGUACACAGAGAUUGGGACAUAUACACCUGGUACACCAUUAAAUUUGGCUGCCCAGCCAGCCCUGCCCUACUCCUGUCCUGAGUCUCCAUGUCUGGUGUGCGGGGAAGUGCCGCCCGUCCCCAGCACCACCACCGUCCGCACCACUGCUGCUCCUGUCAUUACGACAACAGAUCCCACUGAGGGCGGCAAGUACAAGUUCAUAAAGUUCAUGGCAGGUCAACACUUUACUGGUGUCUUCUCCGGUGGUAUGCGUAUGGGUGACGAAUAUGGCACCAGGUUUGACGUUGGACAGAAAUGGAUCAUUGCCCUAGGAGUACUGGCUGGUGUGGGCUGUGUGGCUGUCCUCGUGUUUGAAAUCUACAUUCUUUUCAAACUCCUUGGAACACGUAUUGGUCGUCAGUGGCGGACCAUGUGGCUCGGACAAUUGUUGCUGUUUGGCAUCUUCUUGUCUUACCUCACGCUUUUUGCUUUCCUUUUCAUCCCCACCAAUGCUACCUGUGGGAUCAUCAGGUUUGGAAUCGGAGUUUCAUACGCGACCAUUUACUCUGUACUUUUGGUUAAGUUGAUGGUCAUCCUUACAUCGACAACGUCUGAGUCUCUGAUUCCAGGUGAUGUGGAAUCUCCCAAUUAUCUGAAGGGUAUUUACCAAUUCCUGAUGUUUAUUUUCGCAGUCGGUGUCCAGGUGGUCAUUGACAUCCAGUGGAUGAUCCAGGUGCCACCGGAGGCAGUGAAGGUAAUGACGAACGGCGGCGUGGAGGCCUGGGUCUGUAACCAUUACACCUGGUCUGUAGAUUACGGUUGGGGCGACAUGGAAAACUUUGUACGCAGCGAGUUUGAAAAUCACCUACUAUCUCUUGUUUAUGUAAUGUUCCUCAUCAUCAUAACAACCAUUGUUGCAAUGCGUGCCCACGGAAUCAUCACAAAUCACCGUGAGAGUGUGUUUAUUGGAAUCGUGGCGGGAUUCUCCAUCCCGAUAUGGAUCGCGUGGGGAUUGGUUGGCGGUCUCAAUAAGAAGCUGGAUAACGGUCAUCAGUUUGGUGAUGCAUGUCUGGCCUUCGGCUUAUUCAUCGUUGCUACUCUGGCCCUCUUUUCCAUGUUUCUCCCCAAGGUGCGACAACUCAUCAACAUGGGUGUAGAGGGAAUCUACCUGGAGGAUGACCGUGAUACGUACUAUGGAGGAUCUGUCAUCAUGGCCCCUCCUAGCUACAAAAGUCGGCCUAGUUCUGUUGUGUACGCCAAUUCAGGAGGUGUUUACUCUGAUCCCAUCAUCAUUGGCAAUGGAGGUGACCCAAAUGCUGUUCACUUGAAGCACCCCGGGGCUAGCAGUACAUACAGUGCCCCUGUGUAUAUGAAGCGUGGAGAUACAUACGGGACAGGAAGCAUCGGAGGCAGCAAGGUCCUCCGUGUCACAGGGGACCUUACAGGCAAAAACCCACACAAACCCUCAUCUGAAAUAGGACAUUACAGAAAAACACGGUCCGAAAGUGGCACCCUCAGGAGAGCCCGUUCCACACAAGAUCUAGGAUCACUGUGAAGAAACCUAGCAUCAUCCCAGUAACCCAACAUUGUCUAUAGGAAGGUGUGAGAGAACAGCUGGAAACAGCCAAUCAAAUUCUUAGCUCCAAUACAAACAACCAAUCACCUUAAAGGACAAAACUAGAAUAAAGUAUCAAUGGACGGUGGAAUGUGGCUUGUUCAGUUUCCAUCUCAACGAAAAUCUCGCAUGGAACUUGUUUUCCCAUAGUGUCAAUUUUGCUUCAACUUGUUUCUGGGAAAUUUUUAAACAUGAUUAUGAAAUUGUUUCAAGAGAGACAAUGAAUGCAGAGAUCAGAGUUUCUACUGUAUGGGAAGCUCUGCUUUUUGGGGUGGUUUUACAGGGGAGAUAACUUGCACAAUGUGAUACAAAUAGAAGCUGAUUUACUCGAGUUUUUCCCCUCUGGACUUCUUGUGACCUGAAAAUAUCGGAAUUGAUUUAUCAAUCAAGUGAAUGCAUGUUAAUGUUUACAAAUUUGAUUUACAAAUUUGAAUACUUCUUUCAAGUAGAUUAUCACUCGACUAUACAAUUUGUGUGGUCAUAAAUUUAGUAGUUGAAGUUUAUAUAUAUAUAUUAUUUUUUUAACGUUUUAUUGUAAAGAUCACAAAUACAAAAGGAAUUGGGCAACAGGCAAAGCCUUUGUAAGUCCUGUUCUUAAAUAUAUAUGUUUUCCCAUAUUUUUGCAUGAUACUUGUUUCACUAAACAGAGAUAUUUUAUGUAAUUUUGUAACUUAAAAAAAAUCUCAGUGAAAUUUAAUCUUACCUGUAUUAAAAUUCCAAGUUGUUCUUGAACUAAUUUUCGUAUAUUAAAACCAUUUCCAUUCCUUUGGGACUGAUUAGCAUUGGACUUUGAGAGAAUGGCUCGCCUGCCCCCUUGGUCAGAACUGGUUCUCCGUUUAGUUCACAUAUAAUGAUUACAUAGUAUCUUUAUGUAACCGUAUUAUAUAUUAUAUAGCAUUUCUUCACAAACUUGUAAAUACAAACCUGAUACUUCAAUAACUGCAUACUCGUUCCAUGUUGUGUAUGUGUGUGACCUGUGUUCACACAGGCACAGUGACUGUAAGGUAUUGCACAUGUGUACACUUGUGUACUGGCACAUGUGCUUACAAGGAGUACACAUGUUUACAUCCAUACAUCUAUACUCAGACCUGUGUGUAUGUAUGUUUACAUGUUUAUACACGUGUGUGUACAUAUGUGGUAUGGUAGUGUACACCUCUAUUUGAUAGGAUACAUGUGUGUAGGUAUACACAGGUACUUUAUCAUUCAGGAAAUAGAACUCUAUCUUGUAUCUCAACAGCUAAAAACACUAGUUUUACUGUGACUUAACAGGAAUGUAAGAAUGUGACACUCGCAGAAACGAAGGCACUAAAUCAGAAACAUUUUACCAACUUCCCUUUCCAAGGAGUAUAAGAUACAUGUUUGCUUUUUAAAAAAAAAAUGUGUGUUUUUCUUGUUCUGUGUCUAUAUGCUGGUUGUAAAAUUUGAUUCUGACAGUUAAAUAAUAAUUACGGUAAGAUAGACUCUAUAAUGGAGGAUCAUAAAACAUCUGUGAUUCUCUAACGGAAACCUGUCUCACGCUAGUUUCAUUACAGUGAUAAACCAACACAAUGGUCUGUUUUGUGUUGUAGAUGACAUUUGUGUGACAGUUUAUAUGCUAAUUAAACCAUUUCCACCAGUGCUGUCACCAUUUUGGUAAUCUUUAAGAGUAAUUUCCUAUUUUUUUCGAUUUUGAAAAAGAAUUUUUCUCAUUUCUUCUCCUGCAAAGUCCUGUUUGGAUUGACAAUAUAUUCUUUCCGCCAGCAAUUAAAUAAAAUAUAACAGUAAGAAUUAUGAGAUUAUAUUUUAAAUUUACUAAGCUGUGAAAACAAUUCAUUUAUUUCAAACAUGCAAGGUUGCAGACUUAAAACUUGGUCAAACUUUUGAGAACUGUAGCUGUUCUAGUGUAUGACUAUGGAGAAGCCCUGUUCUAGUGUAUGACUAUGGAGAAGCCCUGUCUGUGGGCCAGCAGGUUUGUUAAUGCCAACUUGCCAAACAUAACUACAAAGUGUCGGUUUUCUGUCAGUGAUGUACAGGAACCGUUGUGAAAAAUUUACAGGCAGUUACUGGAAAUCUUUUUUGAAUGGGGUUGAACCUUGUUAAUGUGGCCAUAAUUUUGUUGUCAGACGGGUCUGGUCAGAGCUAGAAUGACUGCAGUACUGGGAACGUACAAAAUAUGUCAUCCCAGAAACAGCUGGCUGGUGACUCGAGUCCCAUAAACAGCUGGCUGGUGACUUGAGUCCCAGAAACAGCUGGCUGGUGACUCGAGUCCCAUAAACAGCUGGCUGGUGACUAGAGUCUCGGAAACAGCUGGCUGGUGACUCGAGUCCCAGAAACAGCUGGCUUGUGACUUGAGUCCCAGAAACAGCUGGCUGGUGACUCGAGUCCCAGAAACAGUUGGCUAGUGACAUUUAUCACAAGAUUCCUCUAUGCUUACAGUGUUUAGAUAUUUUUUUUGUAUUUUAACAUAUUUUUCAAAAUGUAGGAUAAUUUGUCCAAUACUUUUUUUUAUUUAAUGAAGAUCUUGAUUUCAUUGGCCAAACAUGUUUUGCUGGGUUUCUCUGUACCCUUAGUGCUUGUAUUGUAUUAAAUAUUGUAUAAGGCAAUCUGUAGAAGAUGUACGUAUUCACCCGCAUGUUAUAAUUGGAGACGAUACUACAGCUAAACACUUAUUUCUAGAGGUGAAAUUUAUACCCCACCAAUUCAUUCCAGGUACAAAACCAGGACACUUUUACCUUGAAAAGAGAAGCAUUUUGUUACCGUCUGCCAUCCUAUACAUUUGUGUUUCCUGUGGAGAACCUAGUUAAUUGUGUUGUCCAGUACUGCUUAAUAAUAAAAGCAGGUUUUCCAUCAAAACCAUAAACAUUCAUACUCAAUUAUGCAAAUUAUAUGACUUUUGUAUGAGAAAUAAACAAUAAUUAUAUUGUCAAA